GCAUUGAUGGGCACUGAUAAGCAGCACUGAUAGGCGGCACUGAUAGGCAACACUAAUGAGGUGGCACGGAUAGGCGGCACUGAUAGGCAGCACUAAUGAGCUGUCACGGAUAGGCGGCACUGAUAGGUGGCACUGAUAGACAGCACUGAUAGGUGGCACUGACUGGCAUCACUGCUAGGCAUUGACUUGCGAAACGGAUGGGCACUGACUGGCACAGCCGCUGGGCACUGACUGGUGGCACUGACUGGCAGCACUGCUGGGCUGCACUGAUGGGCACUGGUGGGUGGCACUGGUGGGCACAGGUGGGUGGCACUGGUGUGUGGCACUGCUGGUUGGCACAGGUGGGUGCACUGCUG